AUGGCCUCCGAGCGUCUCCCCGGAGAGCGGAAGAUAGGGUCGCAGUUCCCUCCUACACAGCCAGGGACGUGCCUUCUGUUGACGGGGUCGCAGUACCCCCCUACACAGCCAGGGACGUGCCUUCUGUUGACAGGGUCGGUCGCAGUACCCUCAUACACAGCCAGGGACGUGCCUUCUGUUGACGAGGUUGCACUAUUCUGCUACGUAGCAAGGGGCGUGCCUUCUGUUGACAGGGUCGCAGUACCCUCCUACUUAGCCAGGGACGUGCCUUCUGUUGACAGGGUCGCAGUACCCUCAUACACAGCCAGGGACUUGCCUUCUGUUUACGAGGUCGCAGUUCCCUCCUACGUAGCCAGGGACGUGCCUUCUGUUGACGAGGUCGCAGUUCCCUCCUACGUAGCCAGGGACGUGCCUUCUGUUGACGAGGUCGCAGUUCCCUGCUACGUAGCCAGGGACGUGCCUUCUGUUGACAGGGUCGCAGUACCCUCAUACACAGCCAGGGACGUGCCUUUUGUUGACAAGAUCUCAGUACCCUCCUACUUAGCCAGGGACAUGCCUUCUGUUGACGAGGUCGCAGUACCCUCCUACUUAGCCAGGGACGUGCCUUCUGUUGACGAGGUCGCAGUACCCUCCUACUUAGCCAGGGACGUGCCUUCUGUUGACGAGGUCGCAGUACCCUCCUACUUAGCCAGGGACGUGCCUUCUGUUGACAGGGUCACAGUACCCUCCUACUUGGCCAGGGACGUGCCUUCUGUUGACGAGGUCGCAGUACCCUCCUACUUGGCCAGGGACGUGCCUUCUGUUGACAGUGUCGCAAUACCCUCCUACUUGGCCAGGGACGUGCCUUCUGUUGACGAGGUCGCAGUACCCUCCUACUUAGCCAGGGACGUGCCUUCUGUUGACGAGGUCGCAGUACCCUCCUACUUAGCCAGGGACGUGCCUUCUGUUGACAGGGUCACAGUACCCUCCUACUUGGCCAGGGACGUGCCUUCUGUUGACGAGGUCGCAGUACCCUCCUACUUGGCCAGGGACGUGCCUUCUGUUGACAGUGUCGCAAUACCCUCCUACUUGGCCAGGGACGUGCCUUCUGUUGACGAGGUCGCAGUACCCUCCUACACAGCCAGGGACGUGCCUUCCGUUGACGUGGUCGCAGUACCCUCCUACACAGCCAGGGACGUGCCUUCUGUUGACGAGGUCGCAGUACCCUCCUACACAGCCAGGGACGUGCCUUCUGUUGACGAGGUCGCAGUACCCUCCUACUUAGCCAGGGACGUGCCUUCUGUUGACGAGGUCGCAGUACCCUCCUACACAGCCAGGGACGUGCCUUCUGUUGACGAGGUCGCAGUACCCUCCUACUUAGCCAGGGACGUGCCUUCUGUUUAUGAGGUCGCAGUUCCCUCCUACGUAGCCAGGGACGUGCCUUCUGUUUACGAGGUCGCAGUUCCCUCCUACGUAGCCAGGGACGUGCCUUCUGUUGACAGGGUCGCAGUACCCUCAUACACAGCCAGGGACGUGCCUUCUGUUGACAAGAUCGCAGUACCCUCCUACUUAGCCAGGGACGUGCCUUCUGUUGACGAGGUCGCAGUACCCUCCUACUUAGCCAGGGACGUGCCUUCUGUUGACGAGGUCGCAGUACCCUCCUACUUAGCCAGGGACGUGCCUUCUGUUGACGAGGUCGCAGUACCCUCCUACUUAGCCAGGGACGUGCCUUCUGUUGACAGGGUCACAGUACCCUCCUACUUGGCCAGGGACGUGCCUUCUGUUGACGAGGUCGCAGUACCCUCCUACUUAGCCAGGGACGUGCCUUCUGUUGACAGUGUCGCAGUACCCUCCUACUUGGCCAGGGACGUGCCUUCUGUUGACGAGGUCGCAGUACCCUCCUACACAGCCAGGGACGUGCCUUCUGUUGACGAGGUCGCAGUACCCUCCUACACAGCCAGGGACGUGCCUUCCGUUGACGUGGUCGCAGUACCCUCCUACACAGCCAGGGACGUGCCUUCUGUUGACGAGGUCGCAGUACCCUCCUACACAGUCAGGGACGUGCCUUCUGUUGACGAGGUCGCAGUACCCUCCUACACAGCCAGGGACGUGCCUUCUGUUGACGAGGUCGCAGUACCCUCCUACACAGCCAGGGACGUGCCUUCUGUUGACGAAGUCGCAGUACCCUCCUACACAGCCAGGGACGUGCCUUCUGUUGACGAGGUCGCAGUACCCUCCUACACAGCCAGGGACGUGCCUUCUGUUGACGAGGUCGCAGUACCCUCCUACUUAGCCAGGGACGUUACAUCUAACAUAUAA